AUGUUGGCUGUCACAGGUGUACUCGGACACUUCGACAGCUUGAAAGAAAAUGCGGACAACAAGAUACGUAAUACCACAGUCAGGUAUACCACAGCCAGGGAUACCACAGUCAGGGAUACCACAGCCAGGGAUACCACAGCCAGGGAUACCACAGCCAGGGAUACCACAGUCAGGGAUACCACAGCCAGGGAUACCACAGUCAGGGAUACCACAUCCAGGGAUACCACAGCCAGGGAUACCACAUCCAGGGAUACCACAGCCAGGGAUACCACAGCCAGGGAUACCACAGCCAGGGAUACCACAGCCAGGGAUACCACAGUCAGGAAUACCACAUCCAGGGAUACCACAGCCAGGGAUACCACAUCCAGGGAUACCACAGCCAGGGAUACCACAGUCAGGGAUACCACAUCCAGGGAUAAAUCAGCCAGGGAUACCAUAGCCAGGGAUACCACAGUCAGGGAUACCAUAGUCAGGGAUACCACAGCCAGGGAUACCACAGUCAGGGAUACCACAGUCAGGGAUACCACAGUCAGGGAUACCACAGUCAGGGAUACCACAGCCAGGGAUACCACAGCCAGGGAUACCACAUCCAGGGAUACCACAGCCAGGGAUACCACAGCCAGGGAUACCACAUCCAGGGAUACCACAGCCAGGGAUACCACAGCCAGGGAUACCACAGCCAGGGAUACCACAGCCAGGGAUACCACAUCCAGGGAUACCACAGUCAGGGAUACCACAGUCAGGGAUACCACAGCCAGGGAUACCACAGCCAGGGAUACCACAGCCAGGGAUACCAUAGCCAGGGAUACCACAGCCAGGGAUACCACAGCCAGGGAUACCACAUCCAGGGAUACCACAGCCAGGGAUACCACAUCCAGGGAUACCACAGCCAGGGAUACCACAGUCAGGGAUACCACAGCCAGGGAUACCACAUCCAGGGAUACCACAGCCAGGGAUACCACAGCCAGGGAUACCACAGCCGGGGAUACCACAGUCAGGGAUAUCACAGCCAGGGAUACCACAGCCAGGGAUACCAUAGCCAGGGAUACCACAGUCAGGGAUACCAUAGUCAGGGAUACCACAGCCAGGGAUACCACAGUCAGGGAUACCACAGCCAGGGAUACCACAGCCAGGGAUACCACAGCCAGGGAUACCACAACCAGGGAUACCACAGUCAGGGAUACCACAGUCAGGGAUACCACAUCCAGGGAUACCACAGCCAGGGAUACCACAUCCAGGGAUACCACAUCCAGGGAUACCACAUCCAGGGAUACCACAGCCAGGGAUACCACAGCCAGGGAUACCACAGUCAGGGAUACCACAUCCAGGGAUACCACAGCCAGGGAUACCACAGCCAGGGAUACCACAGCCAACAGUCGGGGAUACCACAGCCAGGGAUACCACACGCCAGGGAUACCACAGCCAACAACCAAAGAUACCACAGCCAACAGCUAG